CAUUGAUGUGGUAUUCCACUUUAAUAGAUAAAAGCACUUUCCCCACAUGCAAGAAUAAUUGAAGUUCUCAUCCCAAUUUAUCAAACGGCAAUAAAAUUUAAUACCAUUUUAGUCAUUCAGAGAGUGAUCAGUUGCUUCUUCCCACCUCUCUACCACUGAAAGGCUCCACACCUGGGAGAAGGUAAAAGCCAGAAAAAGAAAGGCAAAAGAAAGGCUUUCUGAUAGCCUGCAACAAGUAGCAGAGGACAUUGAUCGUAUCUGGAAAGAGUCAACAAAGAUUCAAGAUAAAGGAAAACAAGCAUCAAAGGAAUCAACGGUUCAAGAGUUCCCAAGAUCAUCAAAAGAUAUUCGGAAUGUUGAGAACAAUAUGGUUGGAGGUGAUGAUCAAAGGAAACGGCUGGUAGAAGAUCUUACUAGAAGCUACUCUGGUGAACCCAAAGUCAUCCCGAUUGUCGGGAUGGGAGUCAUAGGUAAAACAACCUUAGCGAACGAAUUUUACAAUGAUGCGUGCAUUUGUUCUCAUUUUGAUGUUUGUGCCUGGGCUACUGUUUCUCAACAACACAACCUAAAGGAAAUCUUGUUGAGCCUUUUGCGCUCAACAAAGGAUGAAAAGGUUUUCACAGGUAGUGAAGCAGAGGCAGAGCUGGCAGACAUGCUACAAAAGAGUUUAAAAUGUAAGAGAUAUUUAAUUAUAUUGAAUGACAUGUGGAAAGGUGAAGCAUGGGAUGCUGUGAGACUAUGUUUUCCAAUUGAAAACAAGGGAAGUGGAAUACUGUUGACUACCCGUAACACUGAAGUAGCUCGUUGUGCUGGUACAGAGAAUCUCUUUUUGCAGAUGGGCUUCAUGGAUCAAGAUGAUAGUUGGAACCUUUUUAAAAGUGCAGCAUUUGCAAAUUAAGCAUUACCAUCUGAGUAUGAGAAUAUUGGAAACAAAUCGUAGAUGAAUGUCACGGGUUACCACUAACUAUUGUUGUGGUUGUUGGGCUUCUCAAAUCUAAAAGGGCAAUAGAAGAUUGGUCAAGUGUUGCGAAAGAUGUCAAGUCAUUUGUCACAAAUGAUGCUGAUGAACGAUGUUCACGUGUGCUUGGGUUGAGUUAUAAUCACCUGACCAAUGAUCUAAAAACGUGUCUUCUGUAUUUUGAAUUUUUUCCGGAAGACAUAGAGAUUCCAGUGAAGCAUUUGAUGAGGAUAUGGAUGGCUGAGGGGUUCCUGAAUUUGGAAAAUGACUUGGAAGGAGAGGCUGAGAAGUGUUUGCAAGAGAUUGUCGAUAGAUGUCUAGUUCUCGUCUGCAAGAAAAGUCUAAAUGGAACAAAAAUUAGAUCAUGUAAGGGUCAUGAUCUAAUAUAUGACCUGUGCAUGAGAGAAGUUCAAAGGGGAAACGUUCGUUCAAAAUUCCUAUCUAUUUGUAUUUCUGGUGUUUGUAUUGAAGCUGCUUUUCACCAAUCACAGCUUAGUCCUUACAAAUUACUCAAAGUCUUGGACUUGAGAGACAUAGUGACUCAUGUUUUCCCUGUACAGAUACUAAGCCUCUUCUGGUUGAGGUACCUAUCAUUGCUCUGCAAGAAGUAUUUAGACAUACCUCCAGAAAUUUGCAGGUUAUGGAAUCUGCAGACAUUCAUUGUUCAAGAUUAUUAUUAUAAUUCGGGUAUAAUUUUUCCUGAGGAAAUUUGGGGACUAAUGCAAUUAAGGCAUCUCAAAGCGAGUGUAAUUUUUCUGCCAAAUCCCCCAACCGUAUCUAUUGACAAAGGGAGUCAUAUGGUAUUUCCAAAUAUACAAACUAUUUCUUACUUGUAUGGCAGUUGUUGCAUGAAGAGGGUUAUUUCGGGGAUUCAGAAUGUUAAAAAAUUAGGAUUCAAUGGAAACAGUAUGUUGGACUAUGGGCUUCUCAACAAUCUUGUCUAUCUGCAGCAACUUGAAAUCUUGAGUUUUAUACGUUGUUAUGAUAUGCUUUUGGCAGUGACCCGUGCAAAAGCUUUUCCAGCAACGCUCAAGAAGUUGAAGUUGUACAAAACUUAUAUAAGUUGGUCGUACUUGGACAUCAUAGCUGAGUUGCCUAACCUUGAGGUGCUGAAGCUGAUGUAUAAGGCUUGUCGUGGUAAUGAAUGGCGUCCAAAUGUUUGGGGAUUUUCUCGAUUGAAGUUUUGUUAGUUGAAAAUAAUGAUCUCAAGUACUGGAAAGCCACAUAUGACAAUGUUCCUGUCCUUGAGCUCCUUGUGCUUACACGUUGCUAUU